AUGCUGGGAAAGGUUGCGCUAGAGGAAGCCUUCGCGCUUCCACGCUUCACCGAGGAAAACCGCUGGUGGGCAGGUCUGUUCGCUACCGACGUGGACAAGCACAUUUCUGAAAUCAAUGAUAUCGAUACCAUCCGCUUGGACUAUGCCAAAAAGUAUGGUGACAUCUGGGACCCUGAGGCGGCGCAAAGUCUAGCAGUGGAGAUCAACGACUAUAUUGGUGCCCGUAUCAAGGGUAAAGGAGACCGCUUUGGCGCUUUCGCGACUUUGUCUAUGCAUAAUCCCGAACAGGCGGCUGCGGAGCUCGAACGCUGCGUUGGUCAAUACGGGUUCAAGGGUGCAUUGGUCAACGACACAGCGCUGCGGCGAGGAAGAAGGUCACGGAACUUGAUGUGCCGUUCUAUCUUCAUCCUCGCAACCCUACAGGCCAGCAGUAUCAAAAGCUCUGGGCUGCCAGGAAAUGGCUCCUAG